UUGAGGCGUGCACAUCUAUACCACCCUGGUCAUGCAUUUCGAUGCUGUGCAACGCAUCCUCCAGUAUUGGAAAGCUGAAUACGAUCUUCUCAUCUGAGGGCCAAGCCUAUUGAGGAUCACUUUCCAUGUCCGCAAUUUGGACGCAAUAACUAAUGAUAGGGCUGGAUUUGGUUGGGGUAUCCAUCUAUCCCAUACCUUCAAGCAUUACAAGUAUCAUUUCUUACAUUUUAAUACCACCUUGUGCUUAUAUAUUGCUUACUGUUUUAAUAGUCGUGCUUGUUUUAAGUAUGCUUGCUGUCCAUCAUUUGAUUUCUUUUUCUUUCUUUUCUCCCUUUCUUUCUCUUUCUCCUCUUAUUUUAUUGAACUAUUAGUUAAGUCUACAAAUAUGAUAGCAUUUCGAGAAUUCUUACUCCACUUCACAAUAAUAGCAGUAUGUGGAGCGGAGAUUGUUUUCAAGUCUCCUUCUAUGGGAGAAGUAGUCGGUCCAGGACCGUAUAAAAUACGUGCGACGGAUAGUGGGAUAGUACCCACCCUCGAGCAAUUUGACCAUGCGAGUUGGGAAGUGGUGCUUUUCACGGGAAACGAUACCACUCCUGUAAGUUUGUUUCCGUUCUUGGAGAUCUAUGUCGAAGAUCAGAGGGGGGGAAGCGAAAAAUCGCAUCGAUGAACUAAUGCUGAAUCUUAAACACAUAUACAGGUUCAACUUUUUGAUUAUAAAUUAUCAGGAUACAAAAUGUCAGACCCCACAACUCAAUCCCCUCCAGUAAAUAUCAGGAAUAAUUCAGCUCCAAGUCUGGAAAACAAAUUGUAAGAUACCUAUUCUUGCCCUUCCUUCCGAGCACCGACCAAUACAAGCCAGUUUCUUUGGGUAUCGCUCUUACCUCACAUCCAAUGAAUCUAUUUGGGUCACAGCCUACUCUGACCGCUUUACCCUCACCAAUAUGACCGGUACUUUGCCUGAUAAGGUGGUUGCCGCCAACAAUAAUGUCAAGUCCAUGUCCGCCCCAUAUAGAACGAUUUCAUGUGGAGCGAAAUCUGGAAGAGAGUGUGACCCAAAGUUAUUAGAAAGCCUAGGACUGGGUGCGGUGACGGGAGAUUCCGCAAGUGUCAGUAGCACAACAGCGACAACAGAUACCACGGCAGCAACGGCGACAACAGCGACAACAGCGACAACAGCGGCAACAGCGGCAACAGGGUCGACCGCGAUAAAUUUGAACUCAACUGCGGGGCUAGUAAAUACCAACACGACCAGCAGUAAGAAAAUGAGCGGAGGCGCAGUUGCAGGAAUAGUCGUGGGUGCUGUAACGGCGGUAUCUAUAACAAUUGCGGCAGCUGUGUUCUUGGUGAAGAGAGCGAGGAAGAGGAGGAUGUCGAAAGGAGAAAUGAUGAUAAAUGAUAUGAAUGUGACAGGUCAGGAGCCAGGUGCAUUCCACCAGAAGGACACUUAUGGAGGAGUGACGAAGAAUAAUGAGAUUAAAAAUGCCAGUAGACGAGCAGAAAUGGACAGUGACAGGACUUAUGAAAUGAGUGGAGAUCAUCAUGGUGUAGUGGAGAUGCCCGGGAGUUCGUGAGCUUCAUCCACACAAUCAUACAGGUAGGAUGGCUAUAUAUCGGACUGUUACUCGUCCCAUGUACUAAUUAUAUGCAAGGGUCGAUUCGUAGUCCGACGAUAAGAGAUUCUUGGGUUUAAUCCAUUGCAUAUAUGUACUCAAUCCACUGGGAACCUUGUGCCUACUUCGGGUAUUGAACUAUUCUUAGAGAACUCUUUUGAAUAACGAAAACUUUCGGGUUGUUUUGAGUUUUGGGAUUCUAUUCAGCAUCAUUGAGACGCUGACUUGAAUACCUGUGGAUGUUUGGUUCCUCAACUUGAGUAAGUCAUCUGAAUAUUGAACGGUACGAUAUUGAGGAUGUAAUACUUUCUAACACGUAUUACUCUUUAGUAUCUCUCCCACGUCUGUUUCUGUAACGCCAACGUCUUUUUGGGACAAUAAGAGGAAAAAUCGAGUAAACAUUUUCGAUAUUGCUCAACUGCAACUAGGAAAUGUCAUGAUUGACAAGGAGUUGCUGUAUCGGCUUAAUUCUAACAGCUAGCUUUCACGAAAACCACCUUCUUUCAUGACGAAUUCUAACGUAUCUAGCUUUAAGUGACGCGACAUAAAUAAUGCGUCAUGCCGGUCUAAUGCUGAUGACUUUGGGGUUUGUGAGAGAUGCGUUUAUAACAUGUAUACAGGAAAGUAGAUAGAGGACUGUUACGUUUACAUAAUUUAGAUAUCUUGAAAAAAUUUGUUGAUUUUUAGAAAGAUUUU